AGAGAGAGAGAGAGAGAGAGAGAGAGAGAGAUCGAUCCCUGGCCCUUCCUCUUUCUCCCUCCUCUUCCUCUCUUCCUCCUGGACUACCAGCCGGCGGCGGCAGAGAGGGAUUUUGAACCCGGCUGCAGAUGCGACGAGCAGGGCUGCAAGGUGAAAGAGAAGCCGCUCAAACCGCUGGGAAGUAGCGGAGAGGACUCGGUGCAACAUCUAGCAAAAGAAAACAGCCCAAGAAAUACUUGUGGAGUUAGUGUCUGCAUACACCGGGCGGCUCAGGGUUCAAUUUAAGCAGAGAAAAGUAAACUUUUCUACGGGUCCACCCGAGCGGCGGUCAUGGCUUCGCAGCGGACACUCCGGGCCGGUCGGGCAGCGCUGCUCCUGGCGGGGCUGGUCCUGGCUCCCCUGUGGCCGCCCUGCGUCGCCAGUUGUCCGGAGAAAAACCUGGAGGACCGGGAGGAGGAAGCCAACGUGGUCCUGACCGGAACCGUGGACGAAAUAUUCAACAUGGACCCUGUGCAUAAGACCUAUUACUGCAAGGUCAGAGUGUGGCGCUACUUAAAAGGAAAGUCCAGCAUCAACCGGGUGAUCCUGCUGGACGGAGGCAACAAGGUGACGAUCGGCGGGUUUGGCAAUCCUCGCAUCUGUGACAACCAGGUGGCCACAGGCGACACCCGCAUAUUUUUUCUCAACCUCGCCUCGGAGUCAGUGGGGCUGGACCACAAGAAUGAACUGAUGCUAAACUCUAGCCUGAUGAGGAUUACUCUUCGCAACCUGGAGGAAGUGGAACACUGUGUUGAAGGUGAGGAACCGGUACAUCCAACCUGGAAA